CAAUCUUUCUGGAAAAUUCCACAUCUUUCUUCCUGGCCCUCAAGAUGUUCGAGACACAUCCUUCUCUUUCUCAUUUUAUCCCCCCCUCUUGCCCAUCAAAACCAACACCACAUUCCCAACGAGCAGCAAUAAAACACUACAACCCCAGCACCGCAGCGUAUAACCAGUUUUUGUACUCUCAAGUUUUAGCAGGAAAUUAGUUGAAGAAGAGUAGAAAUCUCAUUAUAGUAAUGGGAGUGGAUUACUACAACACAUUGAAGGUUGACAAGAAUGCUAAAGAUGAAGACUUGAAGAAGGCUUAUAGAAAGCUAGCUAUGAAAUGGCAUCCUGAUAAGAACCCGAAUAACAAGAAAGAAGCUGAGGCCAAAUUCAAACAGAUCUCUGAAGCUUACGAGGUUCUAAGUGAUCCUCAAAAGAGAGCAAUUUAUGAUCAAUAUGGAGAAGAAGGGCUUAAAGGUCAGGUUCCACCACCAGAAGCUGGUGGUCCAGGAGGAGCAACCUUCUUCUCAACAGGAGAUGGGCCGACAACAUUCAGAUUCAAUCCGAGAAAUGCUGAUGACAUUUUUGCUGAAUUUUUCGGCUUCUCGAGUCCAUUUGGAGGAAUGGGAGGUGGUGGUGGUAUGAGGGGUGGUUCAAGGUCAUUUGGUGGAAUGUUUGGGGAUGAUAUUUUUAGUUCUUUUGGCGAGGCACGUCCAACCAAUCCAGCUCCUCGGAAGGCUCCUCCAAUAGAGAAUACUUUGCCUUGUAGCCUGGAGGAGCUCUACAAGGGGACCACUAAAAAGAUGAAGAUUUCAAGGGAGAUUGUUGAUGUUAGUGGGAAAACACUGCCAGUGGAGGAAAUCUUGACUAUUGAUAUCAAGCCUGGUUGGAAAAAGGGAACAAAAAUAACCUUCCCGGAGAAAGGUAAUGAGCAGCCAAAUGUUAUCCCUGCAGAUCUUGUCUUCGUAAUCGAUGAGAAACCACACAGCACAUUCACAAGGGAAGGCAACGAUUUGGUUGUGACGAAGAAGAUACCUCUUGUGGAAGCUCUAACAGGCUGUACCGUUCAUCUCACGACCUUGGAUGGGAGGACCCUCACCAUCCCCGUCAACAACGUGAUUCAUCCGAACUAUGAGGAAGUAGUCGCCAAGGAAGGUAUGCCAAUACCGAAGGACCCAUCAAAGAGGGGCAACUUGAGAAUCAAGUUCGACAUCAAAUUCCCAACAAGGCUAUCUGCUGAGCAGAAGUCAGGAAUCAAGAAACUAUUAAAUUCUUAGAUCCGGCCGAUAGUACAUGUGAAUAUUUUUUGAGAUGGUUGUGAGUUUCUGCCUCUGUCUUGUGUCUGUAUGGCUGAAUCAAUAGAGCAUUCAUUGUCAGGAUGAAUAAAAAGCAGCGGUUUCAGCCUGUGCCCUAUUGGAUUAUAUAGUGUACUAAUGAUAACUACUAAACUAAGUCAUAAGAAGAUGCUUGUCAUAAA